CAAUCAUGGUCAGCUGCUGCGCCUCUCUCGAAAACGUGCGUCUCCUGAAAUCAUUGGGUGAAAUGCGAAUUAAAAAAAUCUACUCUUUUGUCCCUCAGUGGACACCGUCGAGAUUAUAGACUACACAACUGCUACAAACAUUUCUUUUUCACCUUGAAUACUGCCUGUAGUGAGUUUUGAUCAUAGACUGUAUAUAAAUGGUUUUGAUUAUGUCUUAGUCAUAUGCAAUGUCUGUGUUGCGUAGAGUAAAAACGUGGGAAAUAUCCGAUUCUGAGGGGAGCGACGCUGAAACAAAACCCACACCAACAGUCAGCACAGACUUGACAGAGGAUCAGAGUUCAGAGCACAAGAGUAAACCCCUGCCAUCACCUCCACCAAAAACUGAACCCAGUCAGACUUCUGCUUUGUGUCCCCCGCGACCAGAUGGACGUGGCACACCGAGCCCUGCGAGAAAACGCCGCUCGAAGGAGGAGAUAGAGGCGGACAGACAGGCAGCCAGGGCCAGGAAGGAGGACCGAGAGAGACAGAGAGCAGCCAGAGCCCAGGAGAAGGAGGAGAGGAAGCAGGAGCAGCAGAGGAGGAGCGAGGCAGCGGAGAACCUGAAGAGACUCCGGCCAGAGAACUGCCUCAGGUGUCUCACAGUCUGCAUAGAUCCAGCUCUUCUGCAACAGGAUGGCUCAGACAUCCUGCUGGACACCCUGACAACCUUUGAGUGGAGAUUUAGCAUCGAGAGCCAGCAGCUCCCAUACAGCAUCACCUGGACCAGAGACUUACCUCAGCAGGGAGAGGGCUCGCUGGAGGAGGAGCAGGUUGUUCUGGUUCUGGGUCUGAUGGACUUCAUGGACAUGGCGAUCUCUGUGAAGAAAAUGCUGCACAGUGAAGGGGAGGAGACAGGAGUGGGGUCAUUCCUCAGUCCAGUAUUAGAGAGUCUCAACCGGGAUGCUCAGAAGGUGUUCACUCUCUUGGUGACGGACUCUCAACCAGAUUACAGGACUGAUGGUGGUGGUGUGCAUUUACUAGAUGAGACGCUACAAUCCAAAUUGGGGAUGGAGACUAUGGAUGCUGAAGAGGUCCUUGUGUACCUGCAGCUCUACAAACAUAUCUCACUGGUCUUCCUGGAUGGUUGGCAGGAGGUCACUAACCACGUGUGUGCCGUCACCAAGGCCUUAUCAAAACGCCCUUUCAAACUGCUGACAGAGCGAACAGAGCUGCCUUUUUGUGUGGACGGUUCAUGGGCCAGCGGGGCUCGGGUAGAGAGGGACGGCUCGGGGCUGAUGCAGGUCUGGAGCAGACAGAUCCAGCAGCUGAACAGAGUCAGCCCUGCUGUGGCCUCCACUGUGAUCGCAGCUUACCCGUCUCCUCAGCUGCUGCUACAGGCGUACCAGAGCUUGGAGUCAGAGGAGGACAGGAAGGGGCUGCUGGCUGGUCUCUUGGUGAAAAGUGGAGGUAAAGAGAGACGUAUUGGACCAGAGAUAUCAGCCAGAGUUUACCGCUGCUUCACAGCCCAGAACCCCCAGCUGGUCCUGGACUGAUAUGUCCACUUGAGAUCGAGUUUGAUGGACGUCAGUGAAGCUUCUAAUGACACUUUGUCACCACUUAGCUGCUAAUGUGUUAACGAUGAUGUUUACAAGCUAAAAAUAUGCCUUAGAUAUCAUGUUCACCUUCCAGUAAAGCACUAUUUAUACUCAUACGAACAGAUAAAAGGAGUAGAAUAUAAAAAAAGGAAUUAUAUGAUUCAUGAUGUAUUAUUUUGUUACAAUCUUAUGUUUGUUCUGUAUGAAUGUAAAAUACUUUUUUGUUUUUUUGUGUGAAAUAUCUGAUAAAAAAUGAGCUACAACAGAA